UGAGAGUUCAUUCUUUCUGUCAAGGUUACCUGUUUUGUCACUUUUUGUUUCAGAUGGCAUAGUAGUUCAAUAAGCGUUGAUUACUUUCUGGACCCAGAAGGUUUCCACUUGAGAAGAAGCGAUGGUACACCAAGAAUUUAUUGUCCUGUAUACUCAUCAAAAGACAAAGAAGUCAAAAGUGUGGCAAGAUGGAAUUCUGAAGAUCCCUCACUUAGGAAACAAAGCAACUUUAUAUGAUGACAAAGGAUCAUGCUUGGAAAGUUUAUUUCUUAAGUGCUUUGAGGUGAAACCUGGAGAUGACUUAGAAAGUGAUCGAUACUUAAUCACUGUCGAGGAAGUUAAAGUUUCUGGAAGCACAGCUGUUAAAGAGGAUGUCGUUAAAGAAACUCCAGAGGCAAGGAGGUUUAUGUCCUCUGGCUGGUCUCUUGGAUGUCAGCCUUCUGGCUUAAAACGGAAGUUUACUGAUUUUAAAGCACCACGUCAAGUUCCAAAGAAAAUGGUUAUUCCAGAAAAUGGAGAAUCAGCAAUGUUGAUUGAGGAUCAGAGACCAGGUCCUACAUUUGUACCUCCAUCUUACAGCAUACCUCCCUUGUUUCCUACUAUUGGCAAAAAAGAUGUGAAUACUAUACCAACAAACCUUGAGAAUGCUCUCUCUUAUGAAACCAGAGAAAGAAGUAGCAUGUCUUCAGUUGCCUUUACUCCAGGCUUUAAGAUUAACUCGGAAAUGCUAUGUGAAAAAAAUUAUUUUUGCUCUGAAAGCAAUCAUUCAGACCCUUCACUGACCAAUGAACCGAUGAAAAGAGAUAAUUUGGCAUCUCAGUGUUCAGGAGGUACACAAGCCGUCAGAAGCAAAGCACAGAUACUAGCUCUUCUGAAGUCCAAAUCUACUAAUAGGUGUAAGGAAUUCAAUUCUGAAGGUGCGGAACAUUUUCCUGAGGUGCAACCGCAAGACAGUUUAAAAAUUCCUAUUAAGCCAAAGUGCUUCAGUCUGCAGGAAGAGUAUGCUGAGAUGAAGAGCAAAGGCAAUUCCAACUCUAAGUAUCCAUUGGAAAAUACUAUGAGAACUGAAAGUCGGUGGGCUAUGUAUUUAUCUGUACCAAAUUCACCUGCGCAUUCUUUGAUGAAGGAUGCCAGUGAUACAGAGGUUGAUGUAAAUAUGAAUGUGAAAGAACUUUUGUCACCCAAAGAGGUAGAUGUCUUUGAAACAAGUACUGAAAAGGAUAAAAAGCAUAGUGAAGAUAAGACUGUGGGAAGUAGUCAUCAAUCCUGGAAUCAGGAAGUAAAAUUAGAAAUUCCUUCAUUACCUGAAAGCAACAGCUUACUACUGGUUAGCUGCAGGAGAGCAGAAAAUGAUGGUUUAUUAUCUAAAUCUGAGAUUCAAGACAGGAAUAAAAUACCUUUUAGGCAAAAUGACAAGGAAUACCUAAGACAGUCUGUUUGCACUACAGAACAUGCUCAUGUGGCAAAUGCUUGUGAAGCACUAGAAGAAAAGUGUGAGCGACCAGUUUCUUUUCUGCCGGACUCAGAACACCUACCGACUAAAUCUUUUCUAAACAGCAAUUCUGGGAUCUCUGAUGACAUCAGAGACACGUUUUCUAAAAGUCAUGCUGAUAGGGGGCAUCUAAAUAGUAUUUGUGAACAGCCAUUUUUGGAGAUAAAUUUUAAUCUAAACAAUUUUGAGAUCAGUGACACUGAGGACGAAUCACAGGAAAGCAGUAAAGUUUUACAAAAUUCAGAAAGUGGAAAAAGAGAAAUUUUGAUUAAUGAUGGCAAUUCAUGUGUUCAGAAGAGGUGUAAAGAUAUAAGCCAUAAGGAAAUGGGAAGUGAACAUUUGCCAUUGUUAACAUCUAUUGGUGGAAAACCUGAAGAGACAUCCGCUAUUGAAGAGAUUCUGCCAUCAUGGUUUCUUGGUGAAGCUUGUGUGGACUUUGACACAGGACCCUGCAAAGCUGAAAACACAGAGAAAGGACUAGAGGAAGAAUGCAGUGACACAUUAAGCAACUUUGACUCAUCUUUAGAGUGGACUGAUGAUGUUUAUUUACAUAAUAAAAAAGAUGCUAAGAAGUCUCUCCGAAAAGUCAGAAUUAGCCAUGAUUUUCCUCUAUUCCCAAAUGAAGCUAAGAAUACAAACAUGAUCACUAAUCAGACUUCAGAAAGUGGUAGUCUAUUUCCUGAAAAUGUUCCACCUCAACCUUCUAUUUUAGGAAUUGACUUAGACAAAAAUGAUAAACAGGUUUUCCCAACAACCUCUAGCACUGACAGCAAUAUCCAAUUAUUAAAUGCCAAUCACAAUCAUUCUGGAAGCAUUGAGCUUGAUAAAACAAAUACUCAAGAUUCCAGUUCUUCGUUUUACUCUCUGGAUAAAAAGCAUCCUGUUCCGGCAGACACCAAGGUUUAUGUUCCUGAACCCAGGCCCUUGGGAAAGUUAAGAAGUUUACCGAAUGACUAUAAUGAAGUUGAAGCUGCCAGACGAAGCGCACAACAUGGGGGUAAUCCUAGAAAUUCUUUAGAACUUUCUGGAUUAGUAAAUAGCAUUUCCCUUUUAAAGUCACUCUCUGAAUACAGUACAGCUUUAGACAGCUUGGAAAUACUGAAGAAUAAUAGUACUGCCCUUCAACAACAAGGAAUUCAGCAGACACGUGAGCCAGAUAGAAGUCCUAAAGCUAGAAAACCAUCUGUUACAGUAACUCCACAGGCUGUACUUAGGUCUCCUCAUUGGAACCAGGAUUCUCAACAAAUACUAGAAGAAAAUGAAGUUGAGCCAAAUGAAGCACUUCAGUCACCGAAUGAAGCACUUCAGUCUUUGCCACCUGUUGAGUUUCAAGGGCACCAGGUGAAAGGAUCAGCUGCUGGUGACGUGAUGGCCAGAGGCUCCAUCUCACAGCUGGACAGCAGGCAGUUUCCACGUAGCACUGGGUAUGAAAACUCAGUGAGAAACACUUGUUUUUUCAUGCCGAGGUUGCCUAGUGCUUGUAUGCAGAAUGACUUCUCUCAGUUCCCUAAAGGAAACUUUCCAAAAGGAAGUACCAUCUUUAAUAUUGAAGGCAAUUUGAAAAUAAUAGCUGAGUCUGAAAAGGACUCAAUUGAAAAUAAUUGUUUCCUUACAAAUGAAUCCGAACAUUCAUAUAAUUUUUUGAAUUAUGAUUGUAAGUCGGCAGAGAAGACUCUGUGUGAAGCAAAUAAGGUAACAUCAUCAGAACACGCAUUGAGCCCUGUCUCUACUUUCUCUCUGAACACAAGAGAUGAAGACUUCAUGCUAGAAUUCUCUAAGGAAUCCUUGAAAGCAAGAACUUUUCCUGGAAUGAAAAAGGCCAGUCCUCUGCAAACUGUGAAUAUUCAAAGGCUCCCAUUAGUAAGUAGAACCCGAGUUCCACUUAUCACUUUGCUACCUGCUAAUGGGCCAACUGAAUCAGAUUCUUAUUCCUAUGUACCUGGCUGCAACACACACGAAUCUUCUGUUUCUCCCUUUUUCGAUUCAUGUGAAGAGUCAGUAGUUCCUUGUAGCUUCGGGCUUGGUGACAAAAGUGAAAUUUCUUUCUCUGAAGAAUCUAGGGAAAUGACUCCAUGGGAUGUUUUACUUCUUGAUAAUAAACUUACUCAGAGUAAAUGGCUGAAAUAUCAGAACAUAUCCCAGUACAACUUGACUAUUCCAGAGAGAGCGGAUCAGAAAGUAACAGAUGGCUUCGUUGCUGAGGCGGGUUCUGGGCUGCAUUUUAGUGACACAGAUGAAAUGCAGAGUGAUGCUGUGGAUGACAUCUCAUUAGACUCUGUGCAUUUGCAAAUGAUGAAAAGCAUGCUCUAUCAGGAGCAGCAGGAUGUUAACAGCCGAGAUUUGGUUUCCAGAAAGACAGUGCUUUCUUUGAAUUUAAAGCAAACUUCCAGGACUGAGGAAAUUCAAAAUAUGUUAGGAGGGUCUGCCUGCUUCAACUACAGUGUAAAAGAUUUUCAGGAGAUAAAUGACUCUGAGUUGUGUUUCCCAAGUGGGCAGAAGAUAAAAUCAGCUUAUCUUCCCCAAAGGAAAAUCCACAUACCAGCUGUUUUUCAAUCUCCUGCUCAUUAUAAGCAGAUUUUUACCUCUUCUAUCAUAGAACAUUUAAAUAUAUUGCUUUUUGAGAUGGCAUACAGGUUGCACAAGGCUCUGUCAAAAGUUGACAUAUCAUUUUACACAUCAUCAAAAGGAGAGAAACUGAAAAAUUUGGAUAAUAAUAUACCCUCCUGCCAUCAUAAUCAACCUGCAAAACUUGUUAUGGUUAAAAAGGAAGGUCCAAAUAAGGGUCGUCUCUUUUACACAUGUGAUGGACCCAAAGCUAAUCAAUGUAAAUUUUUCAAGUGGCUUGAGGAAGUGGAUCCAGGAGUUUCAACGCACGAAAAAUCUAAAUCUAACUUAGUUUUAAAUGAUAUUAAGAGUAUUGGUGUAUUCUUAAGAAGUCAAAAGAUUCCGCUGUAUGAGGAAUGCCAGCUUUUAGUGAGAAAAGGAUUUGAUUUUGAGAGAAAGCAUGGGAAACUAAAAAAGUUAACUACAGUAAAUCCUGAUUUUUAUAAUGAAUCAAAAAGCAGACUUUAUCUUAAGCUGAGUAGGAAAGAAAGUUCUUCAGUGUAUAGCAAAGAUGAUCUUUGGGUAGUUUCCAAAACCCUAGACUUUGAGCAGGAUACUUUCAUUGCGUGUAGUGCUUUUUUUGGACCAUCAUCUCUCAAGGAAGUUGAGCUAUUGCCUUUGAAAGGCUAUUUCCCUUCUAAUUGGCCCACUAACAUUAUGGUCCAUGCAUUACUGGUUUGUAAUGCUAGUACUGAGCUGACCACUCUGAAAAACAUUCAGGACUACUUCAAUCCAGCUACUCUUCCUAUAUCUCAGUACCUGUUAACAAUGUCUCCAUCAACCACAGUCAGCAACAAGAGAAUCAAUAAGAGAAGAUUUAUCCCACCAGCCUUUGCAGGUAUCAACACAAAAUUUGAAUUACUCAGCCAAGGAGCAACAUUGCAGUUAGCUCAUGAGUUAAUUCAGGUACACAGAUUAAAUGAGGAUCAAGCAACAGCUCUACUUCAAAUAGCUCAGAUGAUGUCUUCCCACGAAAUUCUUGAAGAAGUGAAGGAAGUGAGGAGUCAUACCCUUCCUAUCACGAUCAUACAUGGUGUCUUUGGAGCAGGCAAGAGUUAUUUGCUGGCAGUGGUAAUUUUGUUCUUUGUACAGCUGUUUGAAAAGAGUGAAAUUCCUACAGUUGGAAAUGCAAGACCAUGGAAACUUUUGAUUUCUUCCUCUACCAAUGUAGCUGUUGACAGAGUACUUCUUGGACUUCUUGAUCUUGGAUUCGAAAAGUUUGUCCGUGUUGGGAGUAUUAGGAAGAUUGCCAAGCCAAUUUUACCUUACAGCUUGCAUGCUGGCUCAGAAAAUGAAAAUGAACAAUUAAAAGAACUACUUGCACUAAUGAAAGAAGACCUGACUCCUGUGGAAAAAGUGUAUGUGAGAAAAAGUAUUGAGCAGCACAAACUGGGCACCAAUAGGAAGCUGCUGAAGCAGGUUCGAGUGGUUGGGAUUACAUGUGCAGCCUGCCCAUUCCCAUGUAUGAAUGAUCUGAAGUUUCCUGUGGUUGUGCUUGAUGAGUGUAGUCAGAUCACUGAACCAGCUUCUCUCCUUCCCAUUGCAAGGUUUGAGUGUGAGAAGUUGAUUCUUGUUGGAGAUCCUAAACAGUUACCUCCAACUAUUCAGGGUUCUGAGGCAGCUCAUGCAAAUGGAUUGGAACAAACUCUUUUUGAUCGACUUUGCUUAAUGGGUCACAAAUCAAUUAUGUUGAGAACCCAGUACCGUUGUCACCCUGCAAUCAGUGCUAUUGCUAAUGAUCUGUUUUAUGAAGGAAACCUUAUGAAUGGCAUUUCAGACACAGAGAGGAGCCCUUUAUUGGGAUGGCUGCCAACCCUGUGUUUCUAUAAUGUUAAAGGGCUGGAACAGAUUGAAGGAGAUAACAGCUUUCAUAAUGUGGCAGAAGCUAGCUUCACACUCAAGCUGAUUCAAUCACUGAUUGCAAGUGGAAUAGUGGGCUCUAUGAUUGGGGUGAUAACAUUAUACAAAUCCCAGAUGUACAAGCUGUGUCAUUUACUCAACGCAGUGGACUUUGCCCAUCCUAACAUUAAAGCGGUGCAGGUGUCCACAGUAGAUGCUUUUCAGGGAGCCGAAAAGGAGAUCAUUAUUCUGUCCUGCGUAAGGACAAGACAAGUAGGAUUCAUUGACUCAGAGAAACGGAUGAAUGUUGCAUUGACCAGAGGAAGAAGGCAUUUGUUGAUUGUGGGGAACUUAGCCUGUUUGAGAAAAAAUCGAUUAUGGAGUCGUGUGAUCCAGCAUUGUGAAGGAAGGAAAGAUGGAUUGCAACAUGCGACCCAGUGUGAACCACACCUGAACCAUCUCCUUAAAGAUUAUUUUGAAAAACAAGCAGCAGAAAAACAGAAGAAGAGUGAAAAAGAGAAAUUUAAUGAAAAAUCUCAAUCAUGAUAAGUUAUGGCAUAAGUAUUUUGUAUUUAUGUAAAUUCAGAUUAAUUUUGCAUUGUAUAUUUUUGUAUUAUGCCAAAACAUUGGUACUAAAAAACUUACGCUAUUUACAAAGCAUACUAAAUACACAAUCUAAAGUACUUGCUCUUCGAAAAAUACA